GAAUCGCAGCCAAUGGCAAUGUGAAAAACUGAUAAAAACACUGGUCUUUGGAAUUUGGCCGGUUUCUCUGCUUGUCCCUACUGUCCGUCCUACUUCACCAUGGAGGAACAGUCGAGAAAUGUUUGGAUCAAACAAGAUGAUCCAAAGCUGGUAUCCUCAAGACAUAAGGACAUCUUUGAGGAUAUCUUAGAGGACCGCCGUCAUACAAGUGAUGUAGGAUGGAGCCUUCGAACACGUGAUGUCCCUACUUACAAAAACAACAAACCCAGAACAAUAGACCAAGUAAAAGAGCAUGUCAUGGCCAGUGAUCGCGUGAAAUAUGCUGUUGAACAAGUCUGUAUGGAGAGUGGGAUGCCAGCUGAUGAGGUGUGGGGUCAGACCAAAGAAAUCCUAGAGGAAAUGUCACAUAACCUCAAAAUUGGUGCGAUCAGAGGAUUUGCUAUGUUCCUUGUCAAAGUUCUGAAAGCAUUAUUUAAAAGAAUUUAUGUAAAUGAAGAAGGUAUCCAAAAGGUGCGGACAAUGAUCAAAGAGUACCCAGUAUUAUUGACUCCCAGUCAUCGUAGUUACUUUGAUUUCCUCCUCAUGUCGUUUGUGUUUUAUCAUUAUGAUCUGCCACUACCCAUCAUUGCCGCAGCAAUGGAUUUCAUGGGAAUGAAAUUCUUUGGAUGGCUUUUAAGGAAUUCAGGUGCCUUCUACAUUCGCCGAAGUUUUGGUGACGACCAGCUGUACUGGGCUGUUUUCACAGAGUAUGUGCAGACACAGAUAUGUAACAGCGAUCAUCCGUUGGAAUUUUAUGUGGAGGGUACCCGCAGCAGAACAGCAAAGUCAUACUGUCCAAAGUUUGGAAUGCUGUCUGCAUCACUAGAGCCAUACUUCAAAGCUCACAUUCCUGACAUCAUGGUCAUCCCAGUCAGCAUCAGCUAUGACAAAAUUUUGGAAGAGAAGCUCUAUGCUUACGAAUUACUGGGAGUUCCAAAACCCAAAGAGUCCACCUCAGCAUUGUUUAAAGCAAGAAACAUAUUGUCAGAAGACUUUGGAAAUGUACACAUUCAUUUUGGAGAUCCUCUGUCAAUACGAGAAUACUCAGUCGGCAAAGUAGACCGAAGCAUCCACAACCUUGCACCAAGGUAUAUUGCCAGUCUGUCUGCACAGGAGACAGAUCUACUGAAGAGUCUUGCCUACGAUCUUGUGCUGCUUCACCUAAAGCACAUGGUUAUCUCCCCUUGGUCUAUGACGGCAGCAGUGAUGGUACAGAACAAGGACGGUAUACCCAUGAGACAGCUUGUCAGAGAGGUUGAGUGGCUCAAACGCCAUGCCUUAAAUCUAGGGGCAUACAUAGAUUGGCCAGGUAACGAAUCCUCGGACACAGUGGUAAGGAGCACACUACAACUCCACAAGAACAUUGUUACCAUCAACAAGGACGAUGUGAUAGAGUUAGUAUCAAUGGAUGUUCCGUCACAUGUCAGCGAGGACCAACUUAUGCAGUCAGCAGCUCAGCACCUGAUGUUGUCUAUCUACCGCAAUCAACUAAUGCAUAUUUUUGUCCGUGUCGCAAUGGUGUCCCUAUCCAUCAAUGUUUGUACUCAGGACACUUUACCUUUAGACGAUCUCUACAACAAAUAUGUGUUCCUGGAGCACUUAUUAAACAGGGACUUCAUUUUCCAUCCUGGUCAUACAAAGCUGGACUUUGAACACUCCCUCCUAACCCUCACACACAACUGUGGUGUUGUGAUCAAAGACAAUGCUAUUCUAAUAAAAUCUUCCACCAACAAGUACACAACAUUCUUCAGCCAGAUGUUUGAACCAUUCCUGCUCGGAUACUGGAUCAUGUGCCGGUGUCUUUUAUCAUUACACACUGAUGUUCAUGGUAAACCUAAGGCCAAGACUCCCAAAGUAAUCGCUAAGGAGGCCCAGAUGUUGAGCGCCAGACUUCUGAGGGAAGGGGCUGUCAAACACUUAGAGGUUCUCUCCCUUGAUAUCCUUAACAACGGGCUCCAUGCCCUCUUCCACAUGAACGCAGUGUCAAAGGAGAAGAGAGAUGGGCAGGCCUAUAUGUAUCCCAACACCAUAGUUCUUACCAACGUCUGCGAACAACUAGAAAAAUUCCUUGAUGUUCCACAAAUUCCCAUGACAAGUAUCCUGGUAGAAUCUAAAACAGUGGUGAUCAAUGCAAAAUUAUAGACAUGGGCAGAGCCAACUUAGUAACAGACUUUUUACAGUGGAUGGAAAACAGCUGAAAUGUGGUACUGAGAUUCUUGUGUCCAGCGAAGGCAGUUGACAGAAAUGUGUCAAAAAAAGACAAGUGGCAUGUUCUGUUUAAAAGUGAUAAUGUUUCUGUUUUUUUUUAAGUUUGUUAAUUACUCACUAGUUGCGCCAGAGGCAAGAAUCAGUUACCAGUUAGGCUGUCCGUCUUUCACCUUAUCUGGGUCCUGUCAAGUAUUCUUUCAUCUACAACUGCCAUAUAUAUUUGAUGGAGUAUUACUAUGCAUAUAUAGUGAAGUAACAUUAGUUGGAAUGAUCCACUUUAUUUAGAGAUAAAGCUUUUUGUUCGCUAUGCUACAUUUUCUGGUGUAUAACUUGUUUAUUUUGUCAUCUAGAGUUGUCAGAUUUGUAUUUGAGGACUCCAUUUGAUCGCAGGGCAUCAUGUUAUCAAGUUGUGUUCAUAUGUUGCACUAUUUACCGUUGAGAUGAAUUGAUGGUGCUGAUUGACCAUUUGGUAGGUUAGGGUAUUAUUUUCUUCAAAUACUCUACCUUGUUAUAGGCCAAUAAAUGUUUUAUUGAACUGCUAUAAUUUUCUUUAUCAAUUUAUUAAUGAUACAGUGUAUAACUACAGGUGCAUGUAUCAAUAUGACAACUGACAAUGAUAAAGCGAUUAAGAACUUGUAACAAUAUGAUCAGUUUGAUAAUGAUGUGAUAACUGUAAUUACCGUACAUACCUAGCCAACUUUUAUAUAAUGUGCACUGUAUUAACACAGGCAUCUGCUUCUGGUAAGUAUUAAUGGAAAAGAUAUUAGACCCUACUCAUACUACAUCAACAAGGUGUAACACUCGAAAAAUCAGAAGUGGGGGCGAACUUCAAUUCACGUUCAAUUUAAGUUUAAUCCGGUACAGAUAUCAAAUGCAUGUAAACUUCAGUAACGUACCUUGGUUUAGAUUCCUUAAAUAUCAAUGCACAUGUUAUUCUUUUGUCAGAGUUAUUCUGUAUAUUUUAGAGUUGAAUGCAGGGGAGCAAUCUGAUUGGUUGACAGCUCUAUAAACAAUGCUAACUAAAAUUGUCCACCCUUCAAGUCUACUUCCAUUCCACAGUCGAUGCAUCGUAGAUCUUCAAGUGUUACAAGUUGUUGAAAUAGUAUGAGUAGAGUCUAAUUUUUUUUUUAUUAAUACUAACCAGAAGCAGAUGCAUAUGGUAUUAAUAACAAAUUUAGCAAACCUAUAAAUAUUACAAAAGGUUUUAUUUUAUCAUUUCUUCUUAUCAUUCCUUGAAAUAGCCAUGAAUAAUAUUGGUGACAAAAACGUUUCUCCAGUAGAUAUAUUGUAUAAAUUGGUUUCUGAAAUUUGUAUUUAUUUAUAAAAAAAUAUAUAUAAAAAACAAUGAUGCUUAGGGAAAAGUGGCCUGUGCAAUUCGAUUAUGAAUUAUGUGUCAUUAUCUAUAAUGAACAUUUUAUAUUGUUUAUAAUCCAUUGUCUUCUUUUGACUUUGGUAUGAUCGUGUUACAAUCGAGAUAUAUGAACAUACCCAGGUAUUUGUAUUUGACAAAUUUUUCAUGUUGCAACCCACAUUUUAUAAUUUGAUUGUGAUUUGUAAUACAGCUGUCUUUGUCUUUUCCAGUGAGAUAUACAUAUGUAUUGUUUUAGUGUAAGAGUCUGUUAAGUGUAUCUCUAUAUGUACUGCAGUUUUGAAGAAUGUGUAACUUUUUUUUUUAAUGGAAUGAAUGGAAUACUGCUCAGAGUCCUGUGGCUUAUGUGUCGUGAAAGUGAGCAUAGUAAUUAUAAUAUAUUUUUGAAGGACUUAGAUAGUUCUUUGUCAAGAUGUUGCACUAAAUUAAAACAAUGUACAUAUAUAAGUCUUAGUAUAUUGUAUGUAUGUACACAAAUUCUAUGUUUUGUCUCCAAUCUAUAUAUCAGAUUGAAUUUUCAUUAUACACUUUGUAUCUUGAAUGCUACAAAGGUAUGUACAAUUUAAUUGUUUCGAUAUAUAUUUCCUGGAACUUGGAAACCUGUUACAAUCCAAUAUGAACUUAAAAGUGAUAAUGAAUCAUUAAUAUUAAGUGUAUGAUAUACAGCAUGAAAGAGUUCUGAUUGUCUUGUUACUGGAAAAUUACAUGCCUGUAUAAGAGAACUGCUUUGUGAUCUUAUUUUCUACACCUAAAGCAAUUCUGUGAAAAUAAAUCUUCUGAGACAGUGAUUUUGAUAACUAGUCUACAGUUUACCAGCGUGAUACCAGAUUACCUAUACAACAUUCCUGAUAUAACAUGGUCCACCACCUAGCAUUAUAGUCAAUAUCUAUUAUCUGCUCAAUUCAUACACUAGAAUAUUGCAAAACUUGUCUCAAUAUGGAAGUACUGUUUGUCCUUAUAAAAAUAUGAUAGAAACUUGUAUUAAGCAAUCACCCAACCAGUACAACUGUUUAUGUAUGAAAUCUGGAAAGGAAAUCCCUGUUUGAUAUAGAAGGGUUUUAAUUGUAUGCUUCCUAUGUUUUAUUUGAACAAUAACGUUCACUGUUUUUAAAUAUAUUAUAGAUAGCAAGUCCCAAGACACAGUAAUGUCCUAUUUUUACAUACAGUAUGACGGAAACAUGAGUUGUGUGAUAGUGUACAUGGUAACAAGGCAAUUGUUGCUGUUUUUGAGGUGUGUAUACUGUGAGAGAUUAUUACAGUACAUGAUAAUUAAGAUGUAUGUGUUUAUAGGUAUAUAAUCCAAUGAAUCAAUAUACCUUGCAAUAAUUCUAGAUUAUGAUGAUAAUAAAAUAUUACAAUGUU